AUGAUUAUCUCAUUAAAAGGGACCCUAAUUGUUGCUCAGGGGCCUUUUUUUAAGGUGGGAAUGGGAUGUGAUGCAAUGGAAAAUGGUGUUUAUGAGAGCUUCAAUGUUGUUAUUGAAGAAGCUAGAAAGAAGCGAUUGAUCACUAUGUUAGAGGACAUAAGGGUGUUUAUGAUGGAGAGAUUUUACAUGCAGAAAGGGGAAGGAUUUGGGCUGGAAUUAGGCAAUCUGUCCAACUAUCAUAAAGAAGCUUGUGAUAGAUUCUGGGAUCCAUAUGUUAGUGGAUACAAACAAUUUGAAAUUGUGCAAGGCAAUGAAAGGUAUAUCGUUGACCUAGAGAAUAGAGAAGGUGGAUGCAGAGGUUGGCAAUUGACAGGAAUUCCUUGUGUACAUGCCAUAUGUGCCAUAUAUUCUUUGAAUCUUGAUUCAGAGGAAGUUUUUGUAGAGUGGUUUACUAAAUCUACAUUUCUUAGGGCCUAUGAGUACACCAUACAUCCCCUGAAUGAUAGUACAUUGUGGCCCCACAUGCCUAAUGUUCACCAGAUACUACCUCCUAUUAGGAGGAGGUUACCAGGUAGGCUAUGUGUGAAAAGAAAAAGAGACCAAGCAGAAAAUGAACUCAGUGGGAAUACCAUACAUACUAUAAGCACGGAAGGUGUUCAACGCAGAUGUACAAUUUGUAAUGAAACUGGACAAAAGAAAGCUACAUAUCCAAUGAGGGGUCCUUCUGAAGCAGGUCCAAAUAAAGCAAGAAAGAAGAGUAAUGCAAAAAAUUGUCCUUCACAAGCAGGUCCAAGCACUCCAGCUCCAACUGCUCCAACACAUGUGAAUCAAGAUCUUAUAACUCAAGAGUAUGUCAAUCAAGAGCCUGUGAUUCAAGAGAAUGUCCCUGUGAAUCAAUAG